CGGGGUAAAAUGUCUCUCGGAUAAUCGCCAUCCUGUUUUCGUCAUCCAUCUCGUGUCAAACCACUGAAAUUAUUCUACCUGUGUGCUCGCGAUUAGCUGUUCGAUCAUUUUAGCCCAAUUUAGUGAAAAAGCGUGUUUUUGUUUUUUACAACUUUAGUUACACCGUGAUUGUGAUUUAAUUUUCAAUAUGAUUCCAUUGAUUUUACUCGCUGAAGAGGAAGAUCAAAGGGAAGAGAAGAUGAAUCAACAACGCUAUCGUAGGUGUCUUCGGUUAAACAGAAGCGUGAUUGAACUCCCACGCAACAGUUUUAUACAAAAUUUCCGAGUUUCACAUGAUAUUUUCGUCGAAAUUCUUCGUGAAAUUGAAGGUGACCUUACUCCUGGUACAUCGAUUGGUAUAACAGCCGAACAAAAAUUAGCUGCAGCUCUACGGUUUUUCGCAACAGGUCACUUCCAACAAGGUUUUGGAAAAGAUUUCCACAUACCAAUGGCACAGUCGACGUUUUCUACUAUGUUGACCAAGGUUUUGAACAGUAUGGAACGGAAGCUAUGUUCAAAAUACAUCAUGUUGGAUAUGUCCGAAGCAGACGCAGAAGCAGCAAACCAGUAUUUUAACGAGAAAUCUGGAAUCAGUGGCGUAGUUAUGUGUGCAGAUGGGACACACAUCAGAAUAAAGCGCCCAAAUACGAAUGAGCAUUUCUACUACAAUCGCAAAGGAGUUUUCAGUAUAAAUGCUUUGAUGAUAUGUGAUCACCAGCAAAGAAUAAGAUUUGUAAAUGCAAAAUAUGGUGGAGCCAAACACGAUGCGCAUGUAUGGAACCGGAGCCCUGCGCGUAGUUUUUUUGCGGCCAAGCAUCGCAACGGCAACACAGCCUUUAAGUUGCUAGGUACUAUAUUUUUAAUUCAAUUAAAUCCCAUCCAGAUUUAUCCCACGUUGUCGUUACGCCAAGAAGAUGUUAUGUUUUUAACAUUAAUUAAUAAUAAAUUCUGUUGUUUAAUAGGUGAUUCAGCAUAUCCAAGAGAAGACUGGUUACUCAUACCUGUCAGAGAUGCAAAUCCGAGCUCUGCAGAUGCUCAGUACAACGAACGACACACUGCAGGACGUAUUAUAAUUGAGCGAACGUUUGGAGUUUUAAAAAGCAGAUUUCGAUGUCUUGCCGGAACACGAGAGCUACAAUAUGCACCUUCCAAAUGUGUUAAAAUAAUAAAUGUAUGUUGUGCGCUUCACAACAUGUGCAUCGAACAUGGAAUAAAUUCAUAACAAAUCA